GUUUGAUCUUGUGUAAACAGAGAAUGGCACCAAAGAGAAGAGCAGUGGGACGUCGUGCAAACACCAGAAGGAACCAAGUAGGGGAUGCACCAGCUGUUGGGCAAGAUCAACCACCUGUAGGUGGGAUACCUGCAGAAGCUCAGGUAGCAGCGAUUGCAGCAAAUCGUGCAGAGAUGCAGGAGCUCCAUAACAUGAUGCGUGAGAUUUUUGAUCGACCAAUGUAUGCACCCCCACCACCACCAGCACCUGGAGUUGCUGCACCUGGAGUUGCUGCACCUGGAGUUGCUGCACCUGGAGUUGCUGCACCUCAGCACCAUCAGCCACCACCACCUGGAGUUGCUGCACCUCAUAAACGUACAUGGGAUAACCGUGAUGCAGGACCAAGUCAUAACCGUUACCCCAAGUGUACCAGGAGACCAAGGGCUUGAUGUUGAGAAAGAUAAAGUUUUAAAUUAAAU